AUGGAUGUUGUUGAAACUUCUGGAGAGCCUUCCACAAAACCUAGUAUUACAUCAAUUUAUGAUGAUGAUGAAGUUGUCGGGUUUGAGAAACAUGCAGAAAUUAUGAUGAAGAAAUUGACACAAGGAACAAAGGAGCGGGAUGUUAUCUCCAUCUAUGGAAUGCCUGGACUCGGUAAAACAACUUUGGCAAGGAAGGUGUACUACAAUCCCUCUAUUGUUAGUCACUUUGAUGUUAAAGCAUGGUGUGCUGUGUCACAAGCAUAUAAUAGAAGGACGUUAUUGGUUGAGAUUUUCAAACAAGCAACAAAUGCUGAUAGCGAAAUCAAAGAGGAUGAUGAUGUAGCUGACAUGUUGCGCAAGAGUCUAAUAAGCAGAAGAUAUCUCAUUGUAUUAGAUGACAUUUGGGAUGUCGAGGCAUGGAAAGAUUUGGUAACAUGCUUCCCUCAAGGUAAAUAUGGAAGCAGAGUAAUUGUCACAACACGAAUUGAACAAGUGGCUAAGGAUCUUCAUCAUCACAGUGAUCCUUAUCCUCUUAGCUUUCUAACUUUCGGAGAGACUUGGGAAUUAUUGGAGAAGAAGGUAUUUCGAGGAGAAAGUUGUUCCCCGGAUCUACUGGAAGCAGGGUUACAAGUUGCCCUACACUGUAAGGGACUGCCUCUUGUGGUUGUCUUGAUUGCUGGAAUUAUAGCAAAAAGGGAAAGGAAGGCGUCCUUGUGGCUCGAGGUUGCAAAUGACUUAAGUUCCCUUGCAUUAGGAGAGCAGAGCAUGAAGGUGAUACAAUCAAGUUAUGACCAUUUAGAAGACCACUUAAAGCCUUGCCUUCUUUACAUGGGAUUGUUUCCAGAAGACCAUAAGAUCCCAGUGGACCAUCUGCUGAAGUUGUGGAUGGCUGAAGAGUUUGUAUUGAAUGCCGAAACAGAGAACAUGGAGGAAGCAUCUCGAAAUUGCUUGAGUGAUUUGCUUAACAGAAGCCUAGUAAUGGUCUCCGGAAUGAGAAUUGAUCAUGUUGUAGAAUACUGCUCACUUAAUGAUGUAGUGCGUGAGUUCUGCUUGAGAAAACUCACAGAAGACCAGUAUAUUCAGGUCGCAGUGCCAUACAAUCCGUAUCAACAUUUGCAUUCCACGGAAUCACGGUUAUGCAUUUAUAUUCAUGAUGAUCUAAUUAAACAAUUAGAUCAUUCCGACUACCAGCUGGAUAAGAUUCCAAUGCUCGAUUUCAAGGAAACAAAAUCUCUGGAAUUCAUUGCUCAUCCAAAACUCAAUACAUGGAAUAACCUAUAUUCAAAUCCUUUACAUUUAGCAGUUAAAUUCAGAUCUAUUCGGGCAGUGUAUUUGAUGGAUGUGGAAUUGCCUGAUACAUGGGCUAAAGCAAUGCAAUCGCUAACUAAGUUGAGGUACCUUGCAGUUUCUGUGGAACAUUUUGAAUUGAAGUGGAUAUCACGCCUACACAAUCUCCAAACUCUACAGCUCCGGUCCAAUAAGAAGUUACACCUAAGGGCUGCUAUUUUAUGGGAAAUGACGAAGCUAAGGCAUGUGAAUAUAGACUGUUUUUCGUUGGUAUGGGAAGACAUUAAUGACGAAGGAAGUUUUGAAGAAUGUUCAACACCUAUGCUAGAGAACAUGAAGACUUUUCACACUUACCAUAUAUUGUUGGAUAAUAAGAAUCCAAGGUUCUGGUGGAGGUUUUCAAAUCUCGAAGAUCUCAGCCUCCACGUCAAAUGUGUACCUAAGUUUCCUCUGUUUUCCAUACCGAAAGUUCAUACUAACCUUCAUUCUCUUUCUCUGGUUUUAUCUUUCACGGAAUUCUGGGAUUCAGUUGACCGAUGGGAGAGGUAUUGUGUGUUCCCUCCAAAUCUUAGGCAUUUGCGCCUUGCUGGCUGUUUCUUAACUGAACAAAUGAUAUUAAACAUUGCAAGAUUGGAGAAUCUUGAGAGUCUGAAAUUAGAGUUGGGAAUUCCUUUGGGGAGAUCAGAGAGCUAUUGUUGGGACGUCACAAAUGUGGAGUUCCCUGCACUCAAAUAUUUGACAUUACUCGGUAUGCAGAUCGACGAAUGGAAAGCUUCAGAGGAAUCCUUUCCUGUGCUUGAGGUGCUAUCUAUAAAAGCUGGUUUCGAUUUCCUGGAGAUCCCUCCUAGCUUUCAGGAUAUUCCAGCGCUGCGACUUAUUGAACUGUUUGACUGCAACGACUAUCUUGUUGAUUCAGCUUUGAAACUCAAAAAAGAAAUUGAAGAAAACACGGGAAGUGACAGUCUCCAAGUUGUUAAAUUGAAGGACUAA